AUAAUUGUCUAUGCUUCCUCCCGCCAUUACUGCUAGAAGCGCGUCGUUUUCACUUUAUUUCCAAAAAAUAAGUUCGUGCCUUGCUUGUCGUGAAAAGUUUGUGUAUACUAUCUUACAUCAUGCGGAAAGUAUCUAAAAGCCGUACAGAUGACGACGUGAUUUCAUCGACUAAUGGCUCGAUAGCAAACGAUGCUGAUGAGACUCAGCCAGAAGUCGAGCCGAAUGCAUCAGAUGAUAAAAAUUUGGAUGAAGAUCUAAAUGAAGAUGAGCCGGAAAAAAAUGGUGAUGAUUUAGACUACACUACUGACAAGCCAGUUAAAGAGUCAAAGAAGAAAUCUGGUAAAAGUAAGUCCAAGAAGAAGAAAUCAUCAAAAAAAGAGAAAGAGGUAGCUGAAGAUGACCCAGAAGAAGAAGAAGAGGAAGAGUAUGAGGUGGAAAAAAUUAUUGAUUCUAAGAGAAUUAAAGGAAAACUUCACUAUUUAAUCCGCUGGAAAGGAUACUCUGCAGAUACUGACACCUGGGAGCCAGAGAACACUCUAUCGUGUCCUGAUUUGAUAAACAAGUUUAAUGAAAAGGAUGCUUCAAAGAAGAAGGCUACAGCUACACCAAAAAGUCCCGUGAAAAGAAGAGGGAGGCCACCAAAGAACACUAAACCAGCCAAAAAGCCAAGAACCAAGCCAAAUUCUGAAUGGGACAGUGAAAAUGCUGAUGAAAAUGCUGAGUAUGAAGUGGACCGCAUCUUGGAAGUUCAUCACAAGAAGAAUGGGUCCAGGGAGUUCCUGAUCCACUGGAAGGGUUGGUCCACAAAGUUCGACUCGUGGGAGCCAGAGAGCAACUUGAAUUGCAAAGACUUGAUCAAGAAGUUUAUGGAUAAGGUCGACUCUGCCCGCAAAUCAGACAGCAAAACACUUCGCGUGAAUCCUGGCACUACCAACCGGUUCACUUUGCAAGACCCUUCAUCAGGACGGCGCCUGAGCAAACGCCGUGGCCAGAAACAAAGAGUCCGCUACGACGAUGCUGAAUAAAACUUCUCAUCAAUAUAGUUUUUUCAUGUGUGAAUCUUGUGACUGGUAAUUUUUUUGAUAACUACUUCUAGGCUUUACUGUCCUAUAGUUAUCCAUACUAGAUAUAUUUGCAUAGAUUUACCUAUUCAAAGUAAGUAAUUUUAAAGGUUUUAUAUUGUGGUAUAUGAUGUCGGCAUUUAUUAUUGUGUGGUGGGAAUACACCAUCAGUCUCCUUGUUUCCGCGGAAUGUGCGUAAUAGGUACUGAAGUACUUGUAUUUAUAACAUUUACAGCAUAGAAUAAUAAUUAUGAUCAUUGACAUGAUAAUAAGUACAUUUUAUGUGUUAGCACUGAAUUUUGAUGUAGUUAAGCAAAUUGUAAUGUUAGGUGUUACGUAAGGGAAUGAACAUUAUGCUAUAGAUUUUUUUUACUUUGAUGUUCUACACAAAAUUACGGUAGUGUAGUAGAUUAUUGUACUAUUCAUUUAGUGGAUGCUUGCGGUCACUGAGUCUUUCACUUACAGUGUGCAAUAGACAUUGUAGUCAAAUGAUUAUUUGCUAAAAAUAUAAUGCACAUUUGUGUUCCGGUAUAUGUGAAUAGUCUGAUCCGGAUAUGUUAUUACUUACAUUAGUACAGAGGAUCUGACGAAUUCGAAA